AUGGGUAUUUGUCGCAACGUUACGAUUUCUCAAUCCGUUGAUGUUGUGAAUCGUUUCUAUGAUGCGAUCGAUGAUGGUUUCAGGGAGCAAGAAGUAAGAAGUAAGAAUGUAAGGAAGGAAAGAAAGAAAGAAGAAAGGAAGGAAGGAAAGAAAUGA